AUGAUCACAUUUCCGGAAUAUAAAAUAAAUAAUCAAACAAUUUUACAAGAACAAUUUGAUGAAACUUAUGAACCAACUCAAGAAGAAAUUCGUGAAUAUGCGAUUUAUAUUGGUAUUGAUCCUGAGAAAGAACCUAAUCUUCUUUGGUUAGCGAAAGAAGGUAUUUUAAAACCAUUACCACCUGGAUGGAAACCAUGUCAAGAAGAGAAUGGUGAAUUAUAUUAUUUUAAUUUUGAUACUGGUAAAUCAUCAUGGGAUCAUCCAUGUGAUGAAAUUUAUAAAGCACAUGUUGUUGAAGAACGCCGAAAACAAUCAUCAUCAUCAAAUCUACUUGAUACAAAUCCAAGAGGUACUCUUACUAAAACAGAUUCAUCGACUGUAAGUGAUUAUAUAUCAGGCGGGAAAAGACCAUAUACAAUGGGAAAUAAUUAUAAUACACCUGUCGUUACAAGAAAUGUCGUACAAGGGAAUAAAAUUGAUUCUCAAUAUGUUAACAGUGAUAAUGAUGAAAUUGAAGAAGAAUUAAUAAAUAGUGAAGAUGAUGAUGAUGAACAAAGUAGUGAUGAUUUUCGAAGAAGAGUUGAUUUUGGUAUAGAUCCAUUACUUUCUGCACGUAUUGAACAUGGUGAAAAAGAAGCUAUUACAGCAUCUGCACUUGCUGCAUCCCGUUCAUUAAAUUCAAUGGAAAAUACUGAUAAAAAACAUGAUUAUCAAAACGAUUUUGAUGAUGAUGAUGAAGAUAAUGAACGUAAAAGACGUGCAGAUUUAGCUGCUGAAGCUGCACUACGUCGUCUAUCAAAUGGAACCGUACAUAAACCAGAAACUACUUUAACUAAUGAAGAUACAUUUAUUACUCCACGUGAAGAAGUUGAUUUAACAAAACUUCGAAUGCGACUUGAACAAUCUACGAAUGAAGAAAAAUUACAAAUACUUGAAGAGAAUGAUAAAUAUCUUGAAAGAUUAAGAAAUGAAUUACGUUCAGAUAAAGAAAAACAAGAACGAACAUUACGUGAUAAAAUGAAAGCUGAUUUAAAUUCAAUUGAAAAUGAUAUACGUGAUAGUAUUGUACAAGAAAAAAAAUUAUUAGAAAUUCGAAAACAAGAAGAAAUCAAUCAAAUGAAACAAACAAUUGAAAGAGAAAAAGAUGAACUUCAAAAAAAAUUACGGGCAAGUAUGCAAUCUGAUCUCGAUGUGUAUAAAGGUACACUUGAACAACAAAGUAAUCUAAGUUCACAACUUCGUUCUGUACAAGAUAAACUUGCACGAGAUAAAAAUGAUUAUGAAGAGAAAUUACGUCAAAUGGAAAAUCGACAUAAAAAUGAAAUUGAUGAUUUGACUCGACGUUAUGAACAAGCGAAAGCAGAUAGAGAUAAAUUAGAAAAACAUAUGAAAGAGAAAGAUAAUCUUCAUUCAACAUUACAACGAACAAUAGAUCAACUACGUGCAGAUAAAGCAUCUGUUGACCGAAAAUUACAAGAUGCUGAAGUACAAUUGAAAGCAAUUGAUGAUAGUAAUCGACAAAUGAAAUCAUCAAUUGUUCGUAAAUCAUUGACAACAAGUAAUCAUAAUCAAAAUGAAGAUGACGAUGAUGAUGAUGAAAAUUUAACUACAGAAGGAUCUGUUAAUAAACAUCAAAAUGGUUAUCAUGAUGAUGAUGAAAUUGAUCGAUUAAGUGAUACAGAUAGUGAUGUAGUUGAAAUGGAACAAACAUUAAAACAAUUACGACGAACUCAACUUGAAUAUAUGUCAUUACUUCCAAUAUCAAAUAUAAAUGAUAAACAAAAUCAACAUAUGAAAACAUCAACAAUUGAUUUUACGAAAUUAUCUGUUGCUGAUGUUGGUCCAGCUGUAAGAAAUAUUCGUACAAUUAAUCGUAAUACUCCAAGAUUGUAUGAAUCUAUUGAAACAACAACACCAGCAAAUCAAUUAUUAACUGAUACAGGACGUUGGUCAAAUAGUAUGGUAUCAACAUUGAGUAAUAAUACAAAUUCAGUAUUAAUGUAUCAAACUAUGAAUCCUUAUCAUUCAACAUUAUCAAAAACUAAUAAUUGGACUUCACAACCAAAUCUUGUUACUCGAGAAGCAGUAUUGAAAGCAGCACGUCGAGUUUUUGCUCCUGGUGUAAUCGAUCAAUUAACUUCAAAUACAAGAUCAUCAACUCAUUAA